AUGAACAGCAAGACGGAACAGCUAUGGGAAGCCCUGCUUGUUUCCGCAGUUAUAGCUAACAUCUACAUGGAAGAAUUUGAGGAACAGGCGAUAACAAAUGCGACUUGCAAACCUAAGAUCUGGAAACGAUAUGUAGAUGACACUUUCCCAGUCUCAGACCGGGACCAUGUCGACGACUUUUUACAACAUUUAAACUGUCAACAGUCUACUAUUCGUUUUACCAUGGAAAUCGAGAAAGAUAACACCAUUCCUUUUCUCGACAUAACAGUUACAAGGGACUCAGACGGUCUUGUCACUACUACUGUCUACAGAAAACCCACCCACACUAACCAGUACCUAGCCUAUGAUUCACACCACCCUCAGUCAGUAAAGCGUGCUACUGUUAAGUGUCUAUAUGACCGUGCCAAACACCUCACAACGAAAGCGUCAGUUAUCUCUGAGAAAAAGAGACACUUGUCAUCUGUACUUGUUUCUAAUGGUUAUCCUUCUUCAUUUGUACGAAAACUCGUAAAGACAGCAAGGGUAACAGCCAGCAAAGAACCCGCGCAGGAAUUUGAAUCUAUUGCCGUUCUCCCUAACAUAAAUGGUGUAUCAGAGGUUUUUCGCCGCUGCCUACAACAUCAAGGCAACAAAAGGAGACGGUGUCGUUUACAAGAUCCCAUGCGAAUGCGACAAUGUGUAUACCGGUGA